AUGGUUUAUUCCAGUGUUAUUCAUCCUAGCAUCCAAAUGGUUAGUUCUAGCAUUAUUUGUCUCCUCAUUCAAAUCUACGCUAUGAUUACUCUCACUCAGCGCCGACUGACGAGAGUUGGUUCGAGAGCGUUCCAGGGUGUUAAGCAUUUCCGAAACCAUGUUUAGGACUUCACGAGCAAAUUCAUUUUGAUCCAAAAAAUGCCUUUUGGAGAGAGGAACCUCUUGUCCGUCUUCUAAUCCACCAGUUUCUCCAUGCGGGAAAUUCAUGUAAAUAGAUUCUUCAGCCAUUCUUUGUGUUGGAUCAAGACUAUUUAUAAUAUCAGUCCACUGCGUGUCCAGUUCAACAAUUCGUGCUAUGGCAGAUUCCAAGUCUAGCUUCUUUGACCUUAAUCUCUCACAAAUACCCUCGUCCACAUCUUUGCCCAUUAACUGCGUUGCUUCUCUCGUAUAAGUUUGUAUUCCCUUCAGAACUGCGGUAAUGUUGCGUCGAAUACAGGCAGCCAUUAUUUAUCACCAAUUCAGUUUGGUUUAGUCCAGAGCAAUAAUUUCCCCAAAAAAAGAGGCAAUAAGUUCCACACGGUGACCAGGAUGGUUUCCCGGCCGUUGCAC